AUGGCGACGUUAGCAAGGUCGGCAUCCACAUUUAGGCGGCAAGGCUCGUCGGGCUUAAUAUGGGACGAUAACUUGAUGCUGCAAAGAGAGGAAGGAAGGGCAGAGUUUAGAGAGCUAAGGCCAUGCCAGAGUGCCAAACCCAUUGGCCCCAAGGCUUAUAGCAGCUCAAAUGGAGCACUCGCGAUUUGCCCUCGCAGCUCUUCUACCUCAGCCAAGAAGAACCCACAUUCUCUCAAAUCCAAAUUCUUGAAAAUGUUUCGUGCUCUUUUUCGAAAAUAA